AUGAAACUUGCGCUGCAAUACGAGAUGCAGAGGCCCUCGCUGGACGAUCAUCUGGUGCUUCAGGAGACGAUGGAGCAGUGCAUCCUCGCUGACGAGGUGGGCUUCGACUACCUAUGGUUCGUGGAGCACCACUUCCUGACGGGCUUCUCGGCGUCGCCUUGUCCGGACCUCGUGUACGCCGCGCUUAGUCAGCGCACGAAGCAGAUUCGGCUGGGGCUUGGCGUGGUCAUCCUGCCAUAUCACCACCCCAAUCGCGUGGCGGAGCGCGUGGCGAUGCUCGACCAUCUUUCGGAGGGGCGCGUGGACUUUGGCACGGGACGCUCCGCGCCAUACGAGCUGACAGGCAUGGGCAUAGACCCGCGCGACAGCCGCGAGAUGUGGGAAGAGUCGCUGUCGAUGGUGCCGGAUAUCUGGCAGACCGACUUGUACUCACACGAGGGUAAGUAUUGGCAGGUGCCGGAGCGCCAGAUACUACCGAAGCCCUACCAGAACCCGCACCCGCCUAUCUGGGUUGCCGCGCUCCAGCCUUCGACCUACGAGAUUGCGGCGUCAAAGGGAAUAGGCGUGCUGUCGUUCGGCUCUAGUGCGCCGUCCUCGCUCGAACCCUAUGUUAAGGCGUACCGCGAGAAUGUGAAGAAGGCGAAGCCUGUGGGCGGAUUCGUCAACGACCAGUGGGCAAGCUCCACGCUCGGCGUGUGCCUGGAGGAUGACCGCGAGGCAAAGGAGAUGGGCGCACAGUCGCUGAAGAACUUCUUCGGUCCGGACAGGCCGUAUGUGCAGGGGCAGAAGGAUGUGUAUGCCCAGCUUCUGGACAAGUGGGGCGGCGUGCCGGAUCACCUGAAGGCAAACUUCUCACGCUACGUCGAAGAUAUCGAAAAGCCGGACGAGGCAAAGGAAGACAUCCUUGAUUACUCGGGCGGGAGCGCCAUCGCGCACCAGAUUUGGAGCGACCUUGACGCAGACACCUUGUGCGACCGCGCGGUGGUGAUUGCAGGCAACCCAGAUAGCUGCAUCGAGGCGCUGAAGAAGCACGAGGCAAUCGGCAUCGACCAGAUGAUGAUUAUGAUGCAGACGGAGACCGUUCCUCACGAGAAGGUGAUGGAGUCGAUCGAACUCUUCGGCAAGUAUGUCAUCCCGGAGUUCAAGAAGCGUUAA